AUGAGUAGCAAUCUGAGAAAGCAACAGGAGGAAUCAAGCAAAGCCCUUCUAAAAGUGUUCCAGUGCCUGCGCUAUCUCCUGCGUCAGGGACUUCCAUUCCGGGGGCAUACGCCAGAGGAAGGUAAUUUUGUUCAACUCCUCAAACUUUUCCGGGAAAGCGACGCCGGUCUUGAUGACUAUCUCAAACGGGCAAUCAACUUCACUUCCCCACAAUCUCAGGAAGAGAUGAUUCAGAUGUUCUGUCAUCAAAUCGUGAGAACUCUGGCUGAAGGUAUCGCAAAGAAUGGAACUUUUGGUGUAAUGGUUGAUGGAACUCAAGACAUAAGUGGUGCAGAACAAGAGUCCAUUUGCUUUCGCCAUGUUGAUGACAAUCUCAUCGUGCAUGAAGACUUUGUGGGACUGUAUGAACUACCAAACACGUCCGGUGAAGUAAUUUGCAGCAUGAUAUGCGAUGUCAUCACUCGCCUAUCACUGUCGGUGGAUAACCUGAGGGCCCAGACAUAUGAUGGUGCAGCCAUCAUGCAGGGACAAUACAGGGGGUGUCAAGCUAGAGUGAAAGAACGACAACCGCUCGCAUUGCAUUUUCAUUGUGGAUCCCAUGUAGCAAAUCUCAUCAUGCAGCAUGCAGUUUCGGAGUGUUCCGCUGUUCGAGAUGCUAUCCAGUGGGUGCAUGAGCUGGGUGUUCUUUUCAAGAGAUCUGGAAAGUACAAAGCCAUCUUUGAGGAGAUUGGACACGACAGCUCUUCUGAUGAUCAGCCGAUGAAGCCUUCGACAAUUCGGCCCUUGUGUCCUACUCGUUGGCUAUGUAGGUUAGCUGCCAUCCUCUCCGUCAAGGAUAACUACAAGGCUGUUCUCGAAAGCCUCAGAGAGAUGGCGUCAUCGGGUUCUACAGAAUCAGCUGCCAAGGCGAAUGGCCUCCUCGAUCGCUUUGAGAAGGGAGAAACCUACCUCAGCCUUGAGAUGGUCACCAAGCCUAUAGCAGCUCUACAGCAACUGAAUCGUUCCUGCCAAGCCCGCUCAGCUGUCGUUUCAGGUAUGCUUAGAAGCAGUCAGCAGUCAGCAUGA